UCUAACUCUCUCUCUCAUAGAACACAGUGGUUACUUAAAAAUCGCUGUCCUUGGGUGUCUCUGCACACAUCGUCAUCAUGAGAGUGAGAGCCAACCCUCCUUAAAGAGAAACAGUAAGAGAUAUACACCAAUUUGCAUGAACCAUAUAUCACUAUCACAUCACUUCCUCUCUCAUUCUACCAUGGCUUUCCCACCUUCUCACAGUUUCAUGUUUAACACUCAUGAAGAAGAACAUCACGAACACCUCCCGUCAACCUCUCUCAACGACUUCCCUUCUUUGCCACCCCAACUCUUUCAAGUGGGUGCACCUUUUAUGUUGAAGCAGUCCAUGUCUUUUUCAGGCAUUGACAACAAGUGCGAUGCAUUAGUGGAUGGAGACGAUGAGUUAUCAGAUGAUGGAAUCUUCCAGUGUGGGGAGAAGAAGAGGAGGCUGAAUUUGGAACAGGUGAAGGCCCUUGAGAAGAGUUUUGAGUUGGGGAACAAGCUUGAGCCAGAAAGGAAAGUGCAGUUAGCUAAGACCUUGGGGUUGCAGCCAAGACAGAUUGCCAUAUGGUUUCAGAAUAGAAGGGCUAGAUGGAAAACCAAGCAAUUGGAGAAGGAAUAUGAAGUCCUCAAGAAGCAGUUUGAAGCAGUCAAGGCUCACAAUGAUGUUCUUAAAGUUCAGAACCAGAAACUACAUGCAGAGUUACAAGCAGUGAAAAGUAGGGAUUGGCCUGAAGCUGGAACAAUCAGCCUUAACAAAGAAACUGAGGGUUCAUGGGCCAAUGGAAGUGGUAACAGCUUAGACAUUAAUUUAGAUCUCUCAAGCACACCAGUUUUGAACAGUUCUGUAUCUUCUCAAAUACCUACUUUAAAGUCCACCAGCAUAAACCAGAUCCUUCAAUCUUCGUCAAGGCCAGAUCUUCAAGAUGAAGCCUUCUGCAACAUGCUUCACAACAUCGAUGCACAACAGAAUUUUUGGCCCUGGCCUAAUCAGCACCACCACCAAUAUUUUCAUUGACCCUAUAAAUGAUUUUGUCUAUCAAUGAAUCAAUGAUAAUGAGGACCAAUUAUACAACCUUUUUCCCUCAGUUUUUAUAUAUUUAAAUUAUUUAUUAUAUGAUGUAGAUUGGUGUAUAAAGUUUGAACAGACAAAUUAUAA